ACUCCAGAACCUUGCUGCCCCAUCGGCCGUCAGUUUUGCGCUUACUAUGUGCCCUGCCCAUUGCCACUUCAGCUUGCUAAUCCGUCCGUCCGUCCGUGUAAAUGGAAUACUUAUUGUAAUUUGCAGAUUCAUAGCAAACGUCACAGAUUUCGGCGAAUACACGUGUCUUGUUGAAAAUGACUUCGGCAACGCAUCUGUAUCAUUCCCGUUAUAUGUUUGGGUUCCCCCUUCAAUCCAUCCCUUGGAGUCGACAAAACAUGUACUCGCUGGCUCAAACACCACUCUUCAAUGCGAUGCUAUGGGGUUCCCCAUACCAAACAUAGUAUGGGAGUUCCAUGAUGAAAUCCUUAUAGAAAACACCACCGAUUUAAGCUUUAAUGAUAUUGGGAACCUGUUUAUAACAAAUGUAAGCUCGAAACACGAAGGUUCUUACGCCUGCGAAGCGGGAAACAUCGCAGGAAACGACAAGAAGUUCAUUUAUUUACAUGUAAACGAACCGCCCAAAAUCUUAGAUCAAGAAUUCUUAGGCCCGUAUUUAGCGACGAACAUGGAUACUGAGUUGGUUAUCUCAUGCAAAGCGUCAGGGAAACCUAAACCUUACGUGCUGUGGAGUAAGGAUGGAAUACUUUUGGACAAUGAUGAGACUUACAAAAUAGAUUUUGAUGGGACACUGACUAUAAAGUCGCCAACCGAAGAACUUAGUGGACAGUAUGUCUGCAUUGCGAAAAACGCAGUUGGCGAAACUAACCACACUAUCUCAGUGGAGAUUUACUCUUUACUAACGCGAACGCAGUCUGAAGAAUCUCACACCAAAGUGACGUUGUUGGAAGGCACCAACGCCAGCGUCGAGUGCCCGGUGCCCGCCUCUCGCAAGGAUCUAGUGAAAUGGUAUAAGGGCGCAAAGCUGAUAUCAGAAGGCGUGCUUCAAAUAACCAACGUGUCCCGCCACAACACCUCUGAGCUUGCAUGCGUGGUCACCAAUAUGGCCGGCUCUGCAUAUGCCAGCGUCAGUCUUGACGUGGAAUGGGCUCCGGCGUUUGAGGAUAAAGGAUAUACAGACGUGGAAGUUGUGAGAGGAAAUGACUGGUACUUUGACUGCGCUGUAGAUGCCAAGCCAAGGGCGAAGACCAAAUGGCUGUUCAACUCGAAGCUGAUAGUGUUCGAGGACAAAGAGCGGCUGAAGCUCCUAAAUGUCCAGCUGCGACACACCGGUACAUAUAAAUGCAUCGUCAGCAACAAACACGCUACUGUGACUAGGCAGUUCACUCUGGAUGUAUUAGUUCCUCCUUUCAUAUCCGAGUUUGAUCUGUUGGAUGUGCAGCUGAAAGAAAGUACCAACGCUACUCUAGAGUGCAAUGCCAAGGGCUCGCCUCAACCUGACGUCAAGUGGACUUAUAACAACUCAAAUUGGCAAGUCCAAAACUCGUCUCUCGUCAGUGCGGGCCUGACCGAGGCUUCCGAAGGCCUGUACCGCUGUGACGCGGUCAACAAGGCCGGUACCGCACACAUUGUGUAUAGAGUGAGUGUGGUUGCUGCAGCGAGAAUUACGGAGGUCGUGCUUUAUAAUGGAGAGGCUUCUACGGUGGACAAAGUGGCUGAAGUUGUGGAAGGCACAAGCGCAAGAAUAUCUUGCAAAGCGUCAGGCAAGCCUGUACCGAAGAUUCAAUGGAUACGCAACGGCGAAGCGAUCGGCGAAAACGAUGAGAGCAUAAGCUACGCUGACUUGGUUUUGAAAGAUGUGAAACUGAAUGACGCCGGCGUGUACGCAUGCGUGGCGUCUAAUGAGGGAGGAGUGGCUGAAGAGAAAAUUCGGUUGGAGGUGUUAGAGCCUCCAAAAAUAUUCCAAACCCUGUUCCAAGAUAACUCAACAGUCGAAGUCAAUUUGGAAGUAAUAACAGGCCAGUCGUUUUACCUGCACUGCCAUCCUUACGGCAACCCAUUGCCUGAAAUUUAUUGGUUCAAGGAUGGGCUACCACUAAGGUUGUUCGAUGACAGCUUGGUAUCAAGCGAGUAUGGAGAGGUAUUGCAAGCCAGGGCGGCGGCGACGACCCACGCGGGAAACUAUACGUGCGUUGCUAGAAAUGCCAUCGGCAACGCGAGUCUGGUAUACCUUCUCGACGUCAUGGUUCCUCCACCGAUACCAAAAGAAAGCGCUAAGCUAGUGACAACUCGAGCGGGCAGAGUGUUACAAUUAAAAUGCCCUGCGGAAGGAAGCCCUGUGCCGGCCGUGAUGUGGCUCAGGCAUCCCUACACCGAGCUAAGUGAUGGCUCGCCCAGAGUCACCUUGCUCGAUGACAACUUUACUCUCGGCAGCCCUGUGCCGGCCGUGAUGUGGCUCAGGCAUCCUUACACCGAGCUAAGUGAUGGCUCGCCCAGAGUCGCCUUGCUCGACGACAACUUUACUCUGGUAAUAAACAACACAGAAGUCUCCGACAGCGGGAAAUACUCCUGCAUAAUGACGAACAAAGUGGGGACAACAGAACUGGUGUUUGACGUGACCGUGGAAAUGCCGCCUUCCAUUGUUGGCAACACCGCCGCUCAAGACACGAGUGUGGAGAAUCAUGUGGUGCCGUUGAUGAGGAGCCUUGUGCUCAAAUGUGAGGUGGAUGGCAACCCUGCGCCGAAGGUCAGCUGGCUCAAGGUAAUUUGA